CUUGAAAAAAAUUGGUCAGGUUUAACGUUUAAGUACUCCAACAGAGAACAGAGAAGGAAAAAGAAAAAAACAGAGAGCUUCUAAAAAUGGGAUCUAACUCUGAUGAGGAUGUUCCUCAACCGACGGUCGAAUCGCCUUUGUUGUCAAAUAAGCAUGAAUGUAACGAUGAACUGGAGACCUUAUUAUCCGACACUCACCUUCCUUUCGUCCAGCGUUACAGUAAAGCUACUUGGAUCGAAAUGAAACUCAUGUUCUACAUAGCGGCUCCGGCGGUUUUCGUUUACAUGAUGAAUUUCCUCAUGACCAUGUUCACCCAAAUCUUCUCCGGCCACCUCGGCAAUCUCGAACUCGCCGCAUCCUCUCUCGGCAACAAUGGCAUUCAAAUCUUCGCCUACGGUCUCAUGUUGGGGAUGGGAAGUGCAGUGGAAACUCUGUGCGGGCAGGCUUAUGGUGGAGAGAAAUACGAUAUGCUUGGGAUUUAUUUACAGAGAUCAGCCAUAUUAUUGACUCUAACUGGGUUUGUGUUAACAAUUAUAUACAUAUUCUGCAAACCCAUCUUGAUAUUUUUAGGAGAAUCGAAGGAAAUUGCUUCGGCAGCAGAAGUAUUCGUGUACGGAUUGAUUCCUCAAAUCUUCGCAUACGCAAUAAAUUUCCCAAUCCAGAAGUUUCUUCAGGCACAGAGCAUAGUGUUUCCGAGUGCUUACAUAUCAGCAGGGACGCUGGUGAUUCACGUUGUGCUGAGUUGGGUGGUUGCCUACAAAAUGGGGUUGGGGCUGCUGGGAGUGGCGUUGGUAUUAAGCUUGUCGUGGUGGAUAUUAGUGCUGGGCCAAUUUGUGUACAUGAUUAAGGGCCAAAAGUGUAAAGAAACAUGGAGAGGGUUCAGUGCGAAGGCGUUGUCGGGGUUGCCGGGAUUCUUCAAGUUGUCGGUGGCGUCGGCGGUGAUGCUCUGUUUGGAGACUUGGUAUUUCCAGAUUUUGGUGUUGCUUGCUGGAUUGCUCGACCAUCCUCAACUUGCUCUCGACUCCCUUUCUAUUUGCACAACCAUAUCUGAAUUGGUUUUCAUGAUUUCAAUCGGCUUUAAUGCUGCCGCAAGUGUGAGAGUGAGCAACGAACUUGGAAGUAGGCAUCCAAAAUCAGCAGCAUUUUCUGUGGUAGUGGUGACUAUCGUUGCAUUCAUCAUCUCUAUAUUUUGUACUGUAAUUGUACUUGUACUUCGCAAUGUCAUCAGCUAUGCCUUUACAAAAGGCCCUGGUGUGGCUACCGCCGUCUCUGAUCUUUGCCCACUUCUCGCUCUCACCCUACUCCUCAAUGGAAUCCAACCUGUCUUAUCAGGCGUUGCUGUUGGGUGCGGUUGGCAAGCUUUUGUUGCCUAUCUAAACAUUGGUUGCUAUUAUAUUGUCGGAGUUCCCUUGGGUGCCCUUCUUGGUUUCUAUUUCAAACUUGGCGUUAAGGGUAUUUGGCUGGGGAUGAUUGGUGGAACUUGCAUGCAGACAAUCAUUCUGAUAUGGGUGACAUUUCGAACAGAUUGGAAUAAAGAGGUCGAAGAAUCAGUGAAGAGAUUAAACAAGUGGGAAGACAAAUAGCAAAUUACUUUGAAGGAUUGAUAAUUCGAUUGGUCGAAUAUAGCUUCACUUCGGCCAGAAGGAAAAAAAAAAAGGGAAAAAAAUUAUUUACCCUCUUUUCAAUUUUAGAGUUUCAAUUACAACCUUUAAGAAUGAGGAUGUCGAUUGCUCACGUGGAAAAUUACUGUUGGUUGGUCCAUGUUUUUGUCUAUGAAUUUUUAGGUCAAAAUAAUAUUAGUUGUAAUUUGAUUAUGGUUCAAUUUUAGUAUACAUAUUUGAGAGUAA